CACAGACCACACACUAACUUUGCUUUCUUCUGUCCCCAGCUUGGACAAAUGAUUGAAGUUUGUAUAUUUCCUUCCUGUUAUUAUUAUAUUGUUGAUGAUUGGUAGCUAUAGUCUCUCUCUUCUUUAUUAUCUCUUAUUUCCUCUCCCUCAAAUAGGCUUUAUCCAGUUCAAUUGGCCAGCCAUCUUCUUACUUACUCUAAGAAGAUGCAAGACACAUUCCCCAUCUCUUCCUGUUUCAACCCUGGCGAGCCGACGGCCGAUGAUCCCACAUCUAUUUCUGCAACCAAGUCAGGCAAGAGCAUCGUGACAUCGGUGUAUCAGACCAUGAUCGCCGGCCACUGCCGGCUGUUCACCGUGACUUGGUGCAAAGAUGUCCUAGUUCAUGAACUCUCCAUUUCAGUGGUGGAGGAUUCCAACAAUGUUGGUGAGACCAACAUCAACAGCAGCGGCAAACAACAAAGCUGCAAGGUGGAGCUGCGGCCAUGGUACUUCUGGCGCAAACAAGGCUGGAAGCGCUUCCAUGUGGAAGGGAAACCUGUUGACGUGUUCUGGGAUCUUAAGAGUGCAAAAUUCUCAGGUGAACCCGAGCCUCGAUCCAACUACUAUGUCGCGGCGGUCUCCGGUGAUGAAGUAGUCCUCCUCCUUGGUGACCUUAACAAGGAGGCCUACCGGAGGACCGGGUGUCGGCCAGCUACACUGGAUGCCACUUUGGUGUCCAGAAAGGAGAAUGUCUUCGGCAAGAAGAGGUUUGUGACAAGAGCCAGAUUCAGUGAGAAGGGGAAGCUCCAUGAGAUACUCAUUGAGUGCAGCAGCAGCAUUGGAAGAAGCAACAAGGAUCCAGAGAUGGUGAUAAAGGUUGAUGCACAUGUAGCCAUCCAUGUGAGCCAUCUCCAAUGGAAGUUUAGGGGCAAUCAGUCCAUCACAGUAAACAAAGCUAGAGUGGAAGUGUAUUGGGAUGUUCAUGACUGGCUCUUCAGCCCUGGUCCGAGGCAUGCAUUGUUCAUAUUUAAGCCUCGGUCAGUGCUGCAAUCUUCUACGUCGUCCUCCUCUUCAUUGAGUUCUUUUGAUGGGAAGAAUUCCAAUGCAGAUGGGUCAUCUGGAUUUUGCUUGUUUCUUUAUGCAUGGAAGUUAGAAUGAUGGAUUAAUAUCUUACACCAGUCUAAUUAAUACCAUGUUGUUAUUACAAGUUAGAGGGAAUUGAGAGGUUGCCUUGUUUAAACCUUCCAUUCAAUUAAUUUACUGUAAUUUGUGUUCCUUGUAAAGUUCUUUUCCUUCAAGGAAGAGGGAGAGUGAGAGGAAUUUGGUGCCAUGCAUGUUGUCCCAUUGAAAAAAUUGUGUUAGCUUGAAGACUGGACAGAGCUAGGCACA